GGGCGAGCCCCACCGCCUCCUGGCCAUGCGGCCCCUCGGCGCUCCGCUCGCCCUGCUCUGCCAGGUGUUGGGCGCGUGGGCUGCCUGCGCCCUGGCCCCGGACCCCGUCGCAGCCUCUGGGCCGCCGGCGGCCCCGCAGCGCUCCCGCUCGCCGUUGGCCCCGCCGCCCCUCGCCCCGGGCCGGCGGGCGGCCGCGACGCUCCCCGGGCGCGGAGCCUUCCCUCGCGGGGCCGACGCCGCACCCGGCGGAGCGCCGGAGCCGGGCGGCAGCUGCGCGCCACGCGGGGCGGCGGGGACGGGGCGACGGCGGGCGCGGAGCAGCGAGCCCGGAACCGGCGCGGCGGCGGGGAGGGGCGGGGCGGGCGGCCCCCGCUGGCUGGCCCUGAACGGCUCGACCGGCGGCGAGGGCAGCCCCGGGGGCCGCGGGAACGCAACGGGGCGCCGCGCCCGGCUCCGCAACCCCUUCUACCCGCUGACCGAGGAGUCGUACGGCGCCUACGCCGUCAUGUGCCUCUCCGUGGUGAUCUUCGGCAUUGGCAUCAUGGGCAACAUGGCAGUGAUGUGCAUCGUCUGCCACAACUACUACAUGCGGAGCAUCUCCAAUUCCCUGCUGGCCAACCUGGCCUUCUGGGACUUCCUCAUCGUCUUCUUCUGCCUGCCGCUGGUUAUCUUCCAGGAGCUCACCAAGAAGUGGCUUCUAGAAGACUUCUCUUGCAAAAUCGUCCCGUACAUUGAGGUGGCCUCUCUGGGAGUCACCACAUUCACGCUGUGUGCUCUCUGCAUUGACCGGUUCCGUGCAGCCACCAACGUGCAGAUGUAUUACGAGAUGAUCGAGAACUGCACCUCGACCACGGCCAAGCUGGCCGUCAUCUGGGUGGGCGCGUUGCUGCUGGCCCUGCCGGAGGUGGUGCUGCGCCAGCUGGCCAGGGAGGACCCCGAUUACAGCGGCAGCCCCCCAGGCGAGCGCUGCGUGGUGAAGAUCUCCACGGCCCUGCCCGACACCAUCUAUGUGCUGGCUCUCACCUAUGAUGGGGCGCGGCUCUGGUGGUACUUUGGCUGCUAUUUCUGUUUGCCUACCCUGUUCACUAUUACCUGCUCCCUGGUGACAGCGAGGAAAAUCAGGAGGGCAGAAAAAGCCUGCACAAGGGGGAACAAGCGACAAAUUCAGCUGGAAAGUCAGAUGAACUGCACAGUGGUGGCUUUGACCAUUUUAUAUGGAUUUUGCAUUAUUCCUGAAAACAUUUGCAACAUUGUGACUGCCUACAUGUCCACAGGGGUCUCUCGACAGACUAUGGACCUCCUGCACCUCAUUAGUCAGUUCCUUUUGUUCUUUAAGUCCUGUGUUACCCCAGUUCUCCUGUUCUGUCUCUGUAAACCUUUCAGCCGGGCCUUUAUGGAGUGUUGCUGCUGCUGCUGUGAUGAAUGCAUCCAGAAGUCUUCCACAGUGACGAGUGAUGAUAAUGACAAUGAGUACACCACAGAAUUGGAGCUCUCCCCAUUCAGUACCAUUCGUCGUGAAAUGUCGACUUUUGCUUCCGUGGGGACUCACUGUUAAUUGACCUUAGGACUUUAUUUCCUGCAUCUUUUUCCUUUUUCUUUUUUUUACUUCAUAUUUUUUUGCUUGAAGCAAAAUGCAGGAAAACAAAAUCACUGUUAAAAAGUACUCUUAAAACCAAUCUGUAUUAACAGUCAUGCUUUGGAAAAUAAUUUCUUUGGUUAUUAAAAGGAAAGAAAGAGAGAGAGAAGGACAGCCAGCACUCAGUUUUAAAUCAUGAGAUUUUGUAUGGUGCUAGGAUUUCAUUGGUUGAGGAGGAGCAUCCAUAUCAAUCCGUUUUUAUUUAAUUCUUUGGUAUUUUUUUUUUUUAUAAUCACUGUAAAAUGAUUAUGUAGACAUUGUGGGCUUUGCAAGGUGUUUUCAUGUAAAAGAUGUGGUGGAAAGUAUUUGAAGGUAGUUUUAAUCCAAUUACUGUACACUAUUUUGAGAGGACUUGGGCUUCAGAGAAUUUAUAAAGUAGCAUAAAAAUAAAUGAGGUUUUAUUCUUUAACUUGAUUGUCAAUCUACAUUUAACAAAGACAACUAUGAGUAAUAUUAAAUUCCUUUAAUAAGUAAAAAAAAUCUCUGCAUAUCAUAAUUUAGGUGGCAAUAUUUAAUUAACAAUUGAGUACUUACACUUGGAGGAUAUAAUUAGAGUGUUUAGGGAAGAUGGUUACAAUGAUACUAGAUUUAUAGGAGUGGGCUUUUUUAAUGUUAUAUUAUGAAGGUUCAAUGUGCCUCGUUGAAAAUUUUCUUCUUAACCUGCAGGUAUACAAAAUACUGAGUUAUUUUAUACUUUUUACCAAGAAACACUCACUUUAUCACUGAAUUUUGUCUUGUGUGAUUUCAAAAUCAAGAUUCUUUCCAGUAUGCUAUUGGUUUUACAUUGAGUUUAUGUCCUUCAUCUCUGUAUACAUAGCUCCUACUGGCUUCAGUGAGAGUCUCAUUGCAGAGAAAGGCAUUUUUUUGCCAGAGGUUUGCUGACAAUAAAUGUGAGGGACUGAAACAUGUGGAGAGUGAAUUCCUUCUAUUUUAAAAGGUAUAAACACACUUGGAGACUUGGGGCUUGACCUAGAGCUCAUGGCAUUCAAUGGAGAGGUUUCCAUCAAUUUCAGAGAGCUUUGAAUCGGACUGGCAUCUCCUAUUUGUUCUGGGAUGUGUAACAUGAAUAUUAAUCACAGGGGCUCUGUGUGCUGGUUCAGAACCAUGCUGCUCUCACAGAGACUGCUAUUCACUAGCAGCUCACAGCUCUGAAGCUGGUUUUGAGAGCCACUGUGUGUUUUCCCGAUGGCUUCUUGCUGUCUACAGAGUUGUUAAAAUGAGGGUAUGUCAACACUGUCAGCAACAGUGUGAUAUAGUAAAAUCCAAAGUUGUUAUAAGCAAGCCAGGCUUAUAACAGUCUCCAGGAGACUGCAAAAUGCCUCUCCUUACCAGCAGAGCUUAUAUCCCCACUCUUGGCUGAAGCAGACAUUCUGUUCUUGGCAGGCAAGCUCGCUUAUAUUUACACUGGGCAGCAGGCUGAAGAGUAGACACAGGCUGAGAAACAGAAUAUUUUAUAGAUAGCUUGUAUUUUAAUACUAAUUAAAUAAGUAAUGCAGCUGUAUUGAGCAGAAGGAAAAUCUCAUGCAUUCAUGCUUUGAAAUUAACAGUGAGUAUAACAGAUGCAGUCUUACCUUCCUCUUGACACCUGCCUAGAUAUAUGUUGAAGAGCUUCCUGUAACUUCUGGAAAGGACUCUAUUUUUUUUUGUAGAUUCCAGACUUAAUGUGUCUAAUCUUGGUGAUAUUCUUGGGCAAGCAGUAUUUAUUCUUUUUCUUUACCAUUUUAACCUAUAAUAAUUUCAACUGAAAAAAAAACCCAGUUGAAAUUAAUUAAUAUGAAUAUGAAUCUUAACAUAUAUACAUGUGAGUUCUUCUUCUGACUUUUGAAUCAGAUAGUGGGCCCUAGCAAGGCAGUCUGCUUUA